GACACUUGAAGAGAGGCAUAGUGGCUCCCCCCACUGGUGGUGGCUGGGAUCACUUUACUUUUGGGGACUAGUGGAAGACGCACAUUUCUUACUGGCUUAACAAAAAUAGAUGGCUAACCAGACACCUGGAGAACAUAUGCUUGAAGUUGCAAGUAGGUGAGGUUUUGAUUCGCUGAGGUUUGAGAAGCAAGACCUCACGAAUCAGACCACAUGGAGGUCAAAGGGCGUCUCCUCACAUCCAUGGGUGUGGGGUCUCCAGAUCAGGACAGCAAGCUGCAAGCUGAGCGCAUCUCCGCACUACAGGAGAGAAAGCAAAUCCUGGAGGACAUCCUCAGCAGCCGAGUGGGAGAGCUGAGACAAGUGUGUCUGCUGGAGGCGGAGCUGACCGGGAUGGUCCCACAUGCUUUUCCCCUGGAGACAGGAGAGAGAGCUCCUGUUGUACAGCGCAGGGCUGGCCUGGCACAUAACAACACCAAGGGAGAGGAUGAGACAGGUCAGCGAAGGCAGAUGAAAACACUCUUCAGUGGUGCUCUGUACAGACACUCGGAGCCAGACAGGAAUGUCCCCAACAGCAGGAGGACCGUUCACCGUGGAUGCCACACAGAGGACACAGUGAUGUCGGAGAGUACUAGCUCCAUGUCAGAUUCAACGUCCCAUGACAAUGAGGAGUCCUCUCCCAGUGUGGCAGAAGACCACCGCUCCAUGUCCCAGCCCCGUCUGGGCAGCCCAGACCACCAGGUCUGUAGGAAACUGUCCCCAGUGGAGAUAUACUAUGAAAUGAGAACACGCCGUAACUCUGUGACCAGCUCUAUCAGCCCUAGUCAUUCUCUACCAAGGAGUGCAUCUAAUGUUGAAGGCAGAAGUGUUCCUGCUUCCCCCCCCCUCGCCCGAACCGCCCCAAUCAGUGUUCAUGUCAGAUCAGAUGACUCUGGUGGGAUUUCACUAAAGCAGUGGUCUGGCAGCCUGGAUGUACCACAUAUGGAGCCCCUGGCCCAGGAAGGCUCCUCCUCGGAGCGCAGAGGCUGCCCUUACAGCUCCCGUGCCCGGCGGAGCAACAGUUCUGAGGCCCUGCUUGACCGCUCCAGUCUCCCCGAGGACCCAGCCCCCAGGAAUGGGAUGCCCCCCAGAGGAGGGCCUUACAAAAGCUCUGAGGCCCUCACUGACGGCAAGCUGAGGCACAUCCACCUGGGCAGUCCUGAGAGACAGGAGCAGGCCAACCUGCGGCUGUCCAUGGGUGGGAGAGUAGAAGCAGCAGAAGGGGGGGGUUACAACGAGCUCCUAAUGGAUUACAUCUGGGGAAAGCAACAGAGGAUGCAAGUGCAACACCAGCUGUACCAGUCAACAGGUAGAAUCUGGCAGGACAUUUCCUCUCCUCGAUCGUCCACUGCUGCAGUGCCUCCUCACGCCAAUGGCUUCUCCCACUCCCAGGUGCAUCUUCCCAGCGCUGCCCCUUCCUACAGUCCCAGAGUGAUCCAUAGCUCCCAGGCAGAGCAUCGCAGAGUCAAAGUCACCCGGACCAAGUCCUGCGGACCCUUCAUCCCCCUGCAGCAGGACGCCAUCCUGCUCUCUGCCUAUGAGUCUCCCCACCCUGCCCCAAGCUCCACUACCUCCUCCAUUCCCAACCUGCACCCCUUCCAGACUGAGCUGUCCGGCCCAUCAUUCAAUCGCAGGCCUCCCCAGUUCUCUCUCCCCACCCCUGAGGACUCGACGAGGAGUCUGCAUAAAGCCUUGGCGCUGGAGGGUCUCAGAGACUGGUAUCUGAGGAACGCCCUCGGCUACCCUACCACUACAUCAAAGGGGCAUGAUGCAGGGGUCUCCCGUCUCUCACACCCCCACCCUUUGGUGCACCAGGCUCAGUCUAUACAAGGUGAUCCACUCCAUAGGUCCCAGAUGUCUCAGUCAGCCAGCUUCCAUGGCCACCCACUGCAUGGAAGGUCAAUGGAGUUCUCACUCUAUCAAGAGCCCAUUCAUCCUCAGAUGCAAGACAUGACUCCAAAGGAGCCCAGUGCUGACCCUGGCACUUUGGUCUGAUGUAGCUGAAUAUAUAUUCAAACACACAUGUGCACAGACAGACAGACAGACCCGAACACUGUAAAAGGAGCUGAUAUAAGGUGACCUCACAAGCUAAAAAAAACAUUACAACCACAGCAGAAAAAGACUGUAAAGCUGUUCUGAAUGCCCUCUGUUGAAAAUGAGCCCACCAACUUUUGACCCCUAGAUCGCGAAGUGAGAAAUGGAUUUGCACUGGAGCUGUCCCAGGAGUCACAGAAUAUAUUGUUAUUCUGUAGCUACUGUAUACUGUAUACUGUAUUCUAUUGUUGGUCAGACCCAAGCCACAUGUAACAAACAUCCUCCUUGUUUAACCUAACAAAUCUCCCAAUAUAUAAUUUUUUACAGAAUAAAGUAUAUGUAUUCUAAAUUACUAUUUUGUAUCUUCUGAGAUAUAAAGAAUAGUUAUA